AUGGCUGCAUCGACCAUCAUCACCAGCAAAUAUCGAGCAUCAUGGUCUCACAUCAUUCUCACCCAACUACGAGUCCAUUCCUCCUCCUCCUCCUCCUCCCCCUCCCCUCGACCAUUAUCCACUUUACACCAUUCUUUUCCGACCACCCCAAGGACAACUACCACAACCCACACUUGUCAUUUCCAAACUCUUCCCAUUUCCCAUUCCCACCUCCGCCGUGGAUUUCGUUUCCCUGGAAAUCGAUUUUUCUCCAUUUCUUCGGGGAAAGCCAUCCAAGAGCUUCUCGCGGACGUGGAGAGGGAAAAGCAGAAGGAGAGAGAGGAGAGGAAAAGGGCGGGUUUAGAUACUGCCGAUAUCGACGCUGAGGAUGAUGAGGAUUACAUGGGUGUGGGCCCGAUCAUCGAGAAGCUCGAGAAGGAGAAGCUCAAAGACACCGACACCAACCUCCACUUGUACGAAGAGCCCACUGACUCGGACACUGACGACGACGAUGAACGCUUCACCACCGACUCCAUUAAGAAGCGAUCAGACGAGUUCGAGAAGAAGUUCAAGCGGCAUGAAGAGCUCCUCAAGAACUUCACCGAUGCUG